AUGGCUUUAGUUCAUCCCCUUCUAAAGCUGUUAAUUUCCCUUCUGAUGGUAGCGCCUCUAGGAGUCGCACGGGAUGUCAAAUACUUAGUGACAUUUGGAAGCUCGACUACUCAAACCGGAUUUCAGCUUGAUAAGUCCAGACCCUCAGCUUCCAAUCCUCUAGGAAACCCAAGCCUGCCCGGAUGGACAACCAGUGGAGGAUUGAACUGGUUGGGAUAUCUCAUCACCGAGUUCAACGCCAGCACCAUAUACUCAUACAACCUUGCUGUUGGCGGUGCAACUACCGAUUCAGCCUUAAUCCCCCCUUACUCAAAUACAGUCAAAAGUUUCAUCAAUCAGGUCGAUGAACUCUGCGAAGAAUUUGCCACUAAUCCGCCAUGGACUUCUGAGAACUUGCUGGUCGGCAUUUGGAUUGGGAAUAACGACGUUGGCAAUUCUUUCGCUGAAGACAACAAGGAUUCAUUGUACCUUCAAAUAUCAACCAAAUACAUACAGCAGCUCCAGAAGUUAUAUAAACUUGGUGCCCGAAGUUUUGUCAUCCUGUCAGCCGGCCCGCAACACUGGACGCCACUUAUGAUUUCCAAAGGUCCAACAUCCCAAGCCAAGUUAAAGAGUGCUGUCGAGCUCUACAAUCAUUACUUGGGAAAAGGGCUAAAAUCCUUUUUAAUUCAGUAUAAAGAAGCACGCGUCUGGUUCGUCAAUUCUGAAAACGCUUACUCAAAGGCUCUUGAUAACGCGACUAUAUAUGGUGCUCCUAACUCAACCUGUGAGAAUCCUGAUGGGCAGAGCUGUCUGUGGUGGAACAAUUAUCACCCUGGAACCGCCAUUCAUCGGCUCUUGGCAAAGGAGGUUGCAGGAGCUGUUGGUAACCUGUGGUUUUCACAGGAAUCUUAG